AUGGGAGCGAGCCCGAGGAGGAUGGGAGCGAGCCCGAGGAGGAUGGGAGCGAGCCCGAGGAGGAUGGGAGCGAGCCCGAGAGGAGGGGGGAGCGAGCCCGAGGAGGAUGGGAGCGAGCCCGAGCCGAGAGGAUGGGGCAGGAUGGGAGCGAGCCGAGAGGGAGGAGGAGGGGAGCGAGCCCGAGGAGGAUGGGAGCGAGCCGAGGAGGAUGGGAGCGAGCCUGAGGAGGAUGGGAGCGAGCCCGAGGAGGAUGGAGGAGCUGGAGCACUUGGAGGAUGGGGGAGCGAGCACUUGGAGGAUGGGAGCGAGCCCGAGGAGGAUGGGAGCGAGCACUGGAGGAUGGGAGCGAGCCGAGGAGGAUGGGAGCGAGCCAGAGGAUGGAGCGAGGGAGCGAGCAGAGGAGGAUGGGAGCGAGCCGAGGAGGAUGGGAGCGAGCCCGAGGAGGAUGGGAGCGAGCCCGAGGAGGAGGAGGGAGCGAGCCCGAGGAGGAUGGGAGCGAGCCCGAGGAGGAUGGGAGCGAGCCGAGGAGGAUGGGAGCGAGCCCGAGGAGGAUGGGAGCGAGCCCGAGGAGGAUGGGAGCGAGCCGAGGAGGAUGGGAGCGAGCCCGAGGAGGAGCGAGCCGAGGAGGAUGGAGCCCGAGGAGGAGGGGAGCGAGCGAGGGAGGAUGGGAGCGAGCCCGAGGAGGAUGGGAGCGAGCACUUGGAGGAUGGAGCGAGCAUGGGAGCGAGCACUGGAGGAUGGGAGCGAGCCCGAGGAGGAGGGAGCGAGCACUUGGAGGAUGGGAGCGAGCCUGAGGAGGAUGGGAGCGAGCCCGAGGAGGAUGGGAGCGAGCGAGCCUUGGAGGAUGGGAGCGAGCCUGAGGAGGAUGGGAGCGAGCCCGAGGAGGAUGGGAGCGAGCCCGAGGAGGAUGGGAGCGAGCCCGAGGAGGAUGGGAGCGAGCCCGAGGAGGAUGGGAGCGAGCCCGAGGAGGAUGGGAGCGAGCCCGAGGAGGAUGGGAGCGAGCCUGAGGAGGAUGGGAGCGAGCCUGAGGAGGAUGGGAGCGAGCCUGAGGAGGAUGGGAGCGAGCCUGAGGAGGAUGGGAGCGAGCCCGAGGAGGAUGGGAGCGAGCCCGAGGAGGAUGGGAGCGAGCCCGAGGAGGAUGGGAGCGAGCCCAAGGAGGAUGGGAGCGAGCCCGAGGAGGAUGGGAGCGAGCCCGAGGAGGAUGGGAGCGAGCCCGAGGAGGAUGUGAGCGAGCCCGAGGAGGAUGGGAGCGAGCCUGAGGAGGAUGGGAGCGAGCCAGAGGAGGAUGGGAGCGAGCCCGAGGAGGAUGGGAGCGAGCCCGAGGAGGAUGGGAGCGAGCGGACUUGGAGGAUGGGAGCGAGCACUUGGAGGAUGGGAGCGAGCCCGAGGAGGAUGGGAGCGAGCCCGAGGAGGAUGGGAGCGAGCCCGAGGAGGAUGGGAGCGAGCCCAAGGAGGAUGGGAGCGAGCCCGAGGAGGAUGGGAGCGAGCCCGAGGAGGAUGGGAGCGAGCCUGAGGAGGAUGGGAGCGAGCCCGAGGAGGAUGGGAGCGAGCCCGAGGAGGAUGGGGAGCGAGCCUGAGGAGGAUGGGAGCGAGCCCGAGGAGGAUGGGAGCGAGCACUUGGAGGAUGGGAGCGAGCCCGAGGAGGAUGGGAGCGAGCACUUGGAGGAUGGGAGCGAGCCUGAGGAGGAUGGGAGCGAGCCGAGAUGGAGGAUGGGAGCGAGCCCGAGGAGGAUGGGAGCGAGCCUGAGGAGGAUGGGAGCGAGCCUGAGGAGGAUGGGAGCGAGCCUGAGGAGGAUGGGAGCGAGCCCUAGGAGGAUGGGAGCGAGCCAGAGGAGGAUGGGAGCGAGCACUUGGAGGAUGGGAGCGAGCCUGAGGAGGAUGGGAGCAGCCGAGGAGGAUGGGAGCGAGCCGAGGAGGAUGGGAGCGAGCCAGAGGAGGAUGGGAGCGAGACUGGAGGAUGGGAGCGAGCCGAGGAGGAUGGGAGCGAGCCUGAGGAGGAUGGGAGCGAGCCUGAGGAGGAUGGGAGCGAGCCCUAGGAGGAUGGGAGCGAGCCAGAGGAGGAUGGGAGCGAGCACUUGGAGGAUGGGAGCGAGCCUGAGGAGGAUGGGAGCGAGCCCGAGGAGGAUGGGAGCGAGCCAGAGGAGGAUGGGAGCGAGCACUUGGAGGAUGGGAGCGAGCCGAGGAGGAUGGGAGCGAGCCUUAGGAGGAUGGGAGCGAGCCAGAGGAGGAUGGGAGCGAGCCAGAGGAGGAUGGGAGCGAGCCCGAGGAGGAUGGGAGCGAGCCCGAGGAGGAUGGGAGCGAGCCCUAGGAGGAUGGGAGCGAGCCUGA